UGCGCAUGCGCAGUGUUUAUUUGCAGCGGUGCUGUAUCUCCGUGCACCAUCGGCGGUAAGCGGUUACGGACAUAAUUUGCUGCUGGUGCAUCAACAUCGUAAGCCAUCCUCAUGGCUCAGUUCGGGGGGCAGAAGAACCCUCCAUGGGCGGCCCAGUUUGCUGCAACCGCGGUGUCUCAGCCAGGGCAUUCUGCACAGUCACUUGACUUGAACAGUUUACACUCUUUAGGUGUUCAGCAGCCGUCUCUUUUAGGAGCUUCCCCCUCCAUGUACUCCCAACAGUCAGCCUUGGCUGCAGCGUCCCUCAACACACAGUCUGCUGCCAAUUACCAGAUUUCCCAGCAGACCGCAGCCCUCCAACAGCAGGCAGCCGCAGCUGCCGCAGCUGCACUACAACAGUCUCAGAUUAAUUCAGCCCUGCAGCAGUACCAGCAGCAGCAGCAGCAGCAACAGCAGCAGCAGCAGCCACCGCAAGCUCCCCCACCACAGCCACCACCUCAGCAGACACUUUACAAUGUCCCACAUCAGCUUCCACAGCCUCAGCCUGCUCUGCUUUCACAGCCCCCUGUCGCUUUGCCAACCAGUAUGAGUCUGUCGAAUCCACAGCAGACAGCACAAAUCACAGUAUCAUACCCGACUCCUCGCUCAAGUCAUCAGCAGCAGACUCAGCCACAAAAACAGCGAGUCUUCACUGGGGUUGUCAACAAGUUGCAUGAUACGUUCGGUUUUGUGGAUGAAGAUGUGUUCUUUCAGCUCAGUGCUGUAAAGGGAAAAACACCCCAAGUGGGUGACCGCGUUCUGGUGGAGGCUGUCUAUAACCCCAACAUGCCCUUCAAAUGGAAUGCCCAGCGCAUACAGACUUUACCUCAGUUACCCAACCAAACGCACCAGGCGGCCCAGUCCUUACCUCAAGUUUCCCCACAGCUGUCCAGCUUUUACUCUGAGGCAGGAGUACAACGCUACACUGACAUACACACGGCGGUGGAUUCAAGACAAAAUAGCCAGCCUUCUGCUCCCAACAUGAUGAAGCCAGGCCCAUCAAUGAUUCAGUCUCUACCUCCACCCACCACAUUCAGCGUGCCAGCACAGGGCCCCCCUCCCUCGUUACUUCAGGCUCAGCUUUCAGCAGCCUCUCUUGCUCCAUUGCUCCAGAAUCCUCCUCAGCCUCUCCUUCCUCAACCACCUCCAAAAGAGUCAGUCUUUUCGGGGGGGCUACUUCAGCCUCCUGUGAGGAUGAUGCCCCAGCCUCAGCCUGUGAGACGCAUAGAUCCCUCUCCUCGCUUCCCCAGCCGCAGCGAUCGACCAGAACUCAUUCUGAGGAAAGAAGACCGAAGUCGGGAGAGAGACCGAGAGCGGAGGAGAUCCAGAGAGCGCUCCCCAACCAGAAAGCGUUCAAGGGACCGGUCACCUCGAAGAGAGCGUUCUCCUAGACGUCCACGCAGAGUUGUACCUCGAUAUACUGUACAGUUCUCCAAGUUUUCCCUGGAUGGAUAUAACUGUGACAUGAUGGAGCUUCGACGAAGGUAUCAAAGUCUUUACAUCCCAAGCGACUUUUUUGAUGCCAUAUUCACCUGGGUGGAUGCCUUCCCCUUAUCACGACCAUUUACUUUUGGAAAAACCUGUAACUUCCAUAUCAUGCAUAAAGAAGUGGACUCUUUAGUAAAGAAUACAGCUGUACUGGACCCUCCUGAUGCCAAUCAUACCUACAGUGCGAAGGUGAUGCUGCUUGCAAAUCCCAGUCUCGACGAAUUAUAUCACAAGUCUUGUGCCUUGGCUGACGAUCCGCAAGAGCUGAGGGACUCUUUUCAGCACCCAGCCCGCCUCAUUAAGUUCUUGGUUGGGAUGAGGGGCAAAGAUGAGGCUAUGGCGAUUGGUGGCCACUGGUCUCCAUCCCUGGAUGGAGCCGACCCAGAGAAUGAUGCCUCAGUCCUUAUAAAAACAGCAAUACGUUGUUGUAAGGCUCUGACAGGCAUUGAUCUGAGUUUGUGUACCCAGUGGUAUCGUUUUGCAGAGAUUCGCUAUCACCGCCCUGAGGAGACUCACAAAGGGCGGACAGUUCCCGCACAUGUGGAGACAGUGGUUUUAUUUCUCCCGGAUGUUUGGCAUUGUCUUCCUACCCGCUCAGAGUGGGAAGGGCUGUCCCGUGGACUCAAGGAGCAGCUGGCAGAGAAACUCUUGGCUGAACGGAAGGAGGCUGAUGGAGAACAGGAGGAAGAGGACAAAGAUGAAGACGAUUUAAAAGAGGUCACUACUCCCACUCACUGGUCUAAACUCGAUCCAAAGUCUAUGAAGGUGAACGAUCUGCGUAAGGAACUAGAGAACCGAUCUCUGAGCUCCAAAGGACUGAAAUCCCAGUUAAUAGCUCGGCUCACUAAGCAGCUGAAGGUGGAAGAGCAAGUGGAGGAGUCUAAAGAGCCUGAGAAGGUUGAGCCUACCAGUGUGGAGGAGGAGGAGCCUUGUAGAACGGAAGAGGAUCGUGAGGAGGAAGAACGUAAGCGACUAGAGGAGUUGGAGAGGCAGCGAAGAGAAAGGCGUUAUGUUCUCCCAGACGAACCCACAAUCAUUGUUCACCCCAACUGGGCAGCCAAGAAUGGCAAGUUUGACUGCAGCAUCAUGUCUCUGAGUGUGCUGUUGGACUACAGGCUGGAGGACAAUAAAGAGCAUUCCUUUGAGGUCUCAUUGUUUGCUGAACUUUUCAAUGAAAUGCUUCAACGAGAUUUUGGCUAUCGGAUCUACAGAGCUCUUAACGCCCUCCCGAGUAAGGAUGAGAAAAAAGAAAAGAAAGAUAAGGGAAAGAAAGAUACAGAUAGAAAAGAGUUGGACCGGAGAGAUACGAAGAAGGAAAAAGAGGAUGAUAAUGCUGAGCCAGUCUCAAAAAGACCAAGAGAGGAAGAAGAUAAGAAGAGGGAUGAUGACAAAGAGAGGACUUUGAAGAAAGAGGAAUCCAAAGAUGAUGAUGAUAAUGAAGAUGAAAGCAGCAAUAAUAAUGCUGAUGAGUAUGAUCCUAUGGAGGCUGAGGAUGCUGAUGACUAUGAUGAUGAAGAUAAAGAUGAUGACGAUUCCAGCGGGAGGGAUAGGCGGGAUGACCGACGCGAUGAUAGAAAAUCAAGAGAAAGGUCAUCUAAAGAUAAAGAAGACAAAAAAAAGCAGAUGGUUACUUAUGACAAAGAUCUCCUAAUGGCUUUUGUAUACUUUGACCAAAGUCAUUGUGGCUACCUACUGGAGAAGGACAUGGAGGAAAUUAUGUACACACUGGGUUUGCAUCUCUCCAGAGCUCAGGUAAAGAAACUGUUGAGUAAGCCGUUGGUGAAGGAGAGCUGCUUCUACCGAAAGCUAACGGACCGAGCCAAAGAUGAACCCAGCUCAUUCGGGACAGCUGAUUCCCAAUUUGAGAACUUCUUGGGUAAUCGACCUCUGCUGCCCGGUCAGAAGACAAAGCGUGAGACAGAAGACAGUGACUCGGGCAGCCUAAUCGUUUACAAUGGCGCGAUGGUAGACGUGGGCAGCAUGCUACAGAAACUGGACAAGAGUGAGAAAGCCAGAGAGGAGAUUGAACAGAAACUCAUGCAACAGGACACUAAAAUGGAAGAAGAUGCAAAACUCAUAUCAGAAGCAGAGUCGACUAACCGCAGUCUGACGAGAGAACUGGAGCAGGUGAAAUCCAAUUUGAGAGAGAUGGAAAAGAACCUCAGAUCGUGUGAACAGCAGAGGACCUGCUACCAGCAGCAGCUUCGGAGCGCCCUGCUAAGCCUCGGCACAGUAAUGAAGGACUUGCAGAAGGUUUUACCUGACGAUGAUCAUCCGGACGAUGGUGACCAGAAAAUCCUAACUACUAAUGGCUCAGAUGACUGAACUACCUUUGUGUGUGUGUUUGUCUGUCCCCAAUUAAACAUGUUUAAACCUGUAAAUAAGCACUAAGCUCAUUUAUUUAGAAGUUGUUGAGUUUUUUUGUAUCAUUUUUAAAGGCUGAUAAGGUCAAGCUAAUUUAGUUUUCUCAUCAUCAUUUUGAAAACUUUCAUAAAUUGUUCAUUAAUUUCAUUUAGUAAAAUUGUCAUCUAGUUCUUUUGUGAUAUUUAAGAUAUUUAAUUCUUGUCCUAAUAAGAUACGUCAUUAAUUUCAGAGUUCUAGUGUGUUUUUUUUUUUUUUUG